AACAUGGCUCCCAGAGGAACGAUCACCAUGACAACGGCUCUCCUCUGCUUCAUACUGGGUUUACUCAGUCCAGCUCCAGCUACCUCCUGUUGCACGAGCUACAACAGGAAACCGGUGCCGUUCCAGCUUAUCAAGGGCUACAGAGAGCAGACCAUCAAGGAGAACUGCAACAUGGAGGCAAUCAUCUUCUACACCUUAAAGAACGCAAUUUGUGUGACUCGGAGAGAUGCGUGGGUGAAGAAAACUCUGAAAUUACUCAGCUCCAAACUGAAGAGGAUGUCCAAGCCCAACUCAGCUGCGGGUGCAACUCUGGGGAAGAAGAAGAAAAGCGGAAAACCUUCAUAUACUGACGGAAGCGGCUCUUUCUUCAGUACCACAGAAACAUUCCUGAACAACACGGAGAGUUUCUACUAGGAUCCAAAGAAAAAAUGAUUGUGGCCUCUGGGGUGUUUGAAAGAAAUUAAAGCCACUGUAAUCAAAUCCUGUUGACGAUAUAAUCUCUAAAAAAGAGAUGUUAAUUACUUUUGCUUGGCUGAACAUGUGCAGGAUCAGACAUAAAACUUCAUUAUCAUGACUUGAGAACCUGAGAGGAACAGGUUUGAGGCAGCUGGUGUAGAUUAAGUUCUUCUGCCAUUUAAUCAAGUUGAAGAGAGCAUUUCUUCUUGUUUUUUAAUUAUGCCUUUUC